GACUUGUUCGGGGUGAGGCGCACUUCCCUGGGCGGGUGGGCAGGAGCAUGGGCAGGGAAAGCCCCGCACACCUGGGGCGCCAUCGGCGAGGGCAGAUGCUGGCUCUGACUGUGACCCUCCUCCUCACCUGUGGGCCAGGCCCUGAUGAGUCUGUGGCAAGCACCACCAGGGAGCUGAGUCAAGGAGAAUAUGGAGGUACCACUUCGCCAACCAGUAACCCCUCAUCUCUUACGACUAUGAUCAAUGUGGGUAUGCCCACAAGAAGCCCAGAAAUGGCUACAGCCUUCAAAAUCAUAAGUUCCAAGGAGCCCAGCACCAGCCCAGAAAUGAAGUACACUCUGGGAAAUUCUUGGAAUACUUCAACAGCAACUGUCCCUAUGAAGACCACAGUGGAACCAGUCACACUUCAGUCCACAGCCAUAGAGAGUAGCGGCAUCAGCCUCUCUCACCUGCCCACAGGAUUCAUGACACCAGCCAAGUCACCAACAGAAGGGACAGCAACUACAGAGUGGGUCUCACUCUCCCAAUCUGAGGUUGGGACCAACCCCCAUCUUGGGACUCCAGAAGGGACCAAAAAGUCAUUGGGCACAGUGUCCUCUGUCUCCCGAGAGUCAAAUCCUAAAGGCAACAUAGGGACUGGUCCACAAACAAGCCCAAAUCUGAUUCCAAGGACAACUGGAAUGAAUUUAUCCACGUGGCUUGGCUCCACUGGAGGGACCACCGUGGACACACAUGUCUCUCUGAACACAUCUUCCACUGGUCCUGAAGACCCUGUGGCCAUCCCGGACUCUGUGACAACCCAGAUGGUAACCAUGAGCUCAGUGACAGAUAAAUCUGAAUUUAUAACCAAGACAAGGGUCAACAUCACAGUCAUUCCUUCCACUGUUCUGAGUAAAGAUACAAUGACAGAUGAACAACAGGCAAGUAUAUCUGUGAGUGAGGCUUAUUCAUCUGCUAGCCCAUGGUCAGAGCAGACAACUGGGAGUAACCUGAUUCUUGAUAAAUCCCCUGAGGCCAAAGACACAUUGCAUAAAAGCUCCGUAGAACAAACCACAUUAGCAUCUCUGACCUCUGAAAGCCAAGACAUUACCAGCAUCACCAAUGCCUCAGGGGGAAAAAUGAGCUCUUCACCAUCUGUCACAUUCCCCUCCGUGGGGUCUACGACACUGGCAACCAUCACAAGUGUAGUAAAUAGUGAUGUUGCCUCUACUCUUGGGCAACUAUCACAGACCUCAUAUCCUGCAGGAGUGAGCAACAUGGAGGUAACCAUAGCUCCCACUCCUCUUGUCACCACCACGAUCACCACUAUGGAAACCAAUUCAGUCCUGACUACUAUGCCCGGCCCAAAAGGAAGUGUGAGCACCAUGGACAGCACCCUGGCUACAGAGACCAGCACAUCUGCCCUACAGCACCCACCCACCUGGUCAUCCACAGCUGCUCCUGCCCCAACAUCAGGCCCCAGGACUAUCACAGACAUGGCUUCAAUCUUGGAAGUCACAGGUUCUCCUAAAGCAAUUUCUGCAAUGAGCACAACUUCAUCCAUAGCGUCAAGCACUGAAUCAGGCUCUGUGUCUACCCCCCAUGGCCUUGUGACUGUCAAUGGAACCAGCCUAACCAUCCCAUCCUCCUUUGCUUCAGCUGAAAAGACAGAGGCCAGCACAAGUCCACCCAAAGCUAAAUCUUCAGUGGUUACCUCCUCUGCCAUGUGGGACACUACUGCUCCCACAUCAAUGUCUGGCUCAUCUGAGACUAUAAAGAUUGAGAGAGAGUCAGUAUCCUCUCUGAAUACUGGACUUAGGGAGACAAGUACCUACCAGGAGACCAGCUCUGCUACAGAGACAAGCACUGUCAUUUCCAAUGUGUCCACAAAUGAUGCUACUACUGAGGUCACCAGGACACAAGUUACCUCCUCUAGCAGGAUACCUAUCCCAAGCCCUGCUCACUUCAAAACUUCUCCAAGCACAACUACAGAAAGCAGAACCAGCCCCUCUACAUACAGGUUCAUGACAGAAUCUUCGGGAAUGACCAUCACCACCCAAAAAGGUCCCCCAGGGGUUACAUCACAGGACACACUUACCUUGGACAUAUCGACCAAGGUCUCUGGGGCAGGGACUCAUUCGAAAGUGACUCAGAGUUUUACAAACUCAGAGAUGACCACUCUCAGCUGCAGAGGUCCCGAGAAUGUGUCUUGGCCAAGCCCUGCCUCUGUGAAAGAAACUGGCUCUCCAUCCUCCCCACUGACUGUACCUGCCAUGACAACACCCUCUCCUGAGCCAUCCACAUCACCAGGGAGGAGCCCCUCCUCUCCUACCCCUGAGACCUCACUUCUCACUCGUGGUCUGGGGAAGACCAAAGACACAUUGGGUACAAGUGUGGAACCUGUGUCCAGUUCACCUUCAAGUGAGAUCAGCACGACCAAGGAGAUACUGUCCACAUCUGAAGCCUCCACAGGUACAGAUGGAAUUCAGCCCUCCAAGAACACAGCUGGGACCCACGGGGCCAAUACAAAUUCUGGGCAUGAAGCACAUUCCUCUGCCCCAGCUGACUCACAGCCAUCCAGUGUCACGUCCCCAAUGCUUACUCCUUCCACCCGUACGGAGACCAGUGUUUCCACAUCAAUGCCUCACUCUUUAGAAACUACAAUGUUUGAGCUAGACUCCACAUCCUCUCUGACUCCUGAACUGAGGAACACCAGCACUGUCCAGCAGAACAGCUCAGCCAUAGAGAAAAUCGCCGUACCUUCCAAAGUACCCCCUGAUAUGACUACGGAGAUCUCUAGGACCGAACCCAUCUCCUCUAGCAGCACGCCCAUCGCUGGCCCUGUUCAGUCCACGAUGUCGCCAGACAUCCCUGAAGGCCUGAUCACCAGGUCCUCUGCCUCUCCUGUGACGACAGAAUCUGCAGAAGUGGCCAUGACCACCCAAACAGGUCCCAUUGAGGCUACUUCACAGGACCCACUUACCUUGGGCGCUACAACUAAUACCACAGGGGUGGAGAUUCACUCGACUGUGACUCAGAGUUUUAUGCACCCAGAGAUGACCACUCUCAGCAGCAGAGGUGCCGAGGAUGCGUUUUGGCCAAGCCCUGCCUCUGUGAAAGAAACUGGCUCUCCAACCUCCCCAGUAAUUGUACCUGCCAGGACAACACCCUCCCCUGAGACAUCCACAUUACCAGGGAGGAGCCCCUCCUCUCCUACACCUGUGACCUCAGUUCUCACCCGUGGUCUGGGGAAGACCGAAGACAGAUUGGGUAUAACCUUGGGAGCAGUGACCACGUUACCUCCAACUUUGAGUAGUCCCACAGUUGAGAUACUGUCCACCUCUGAAUUCUCCAUAUAUACAGCGAAAAUUCUUCCUCCCGUAUACACAAUAAUGAGUACUGUGGGUUCCAGCAGUUCUGGACAUGAACUAAGUUCCUCUGUCCCAAUUUUUCCUGAGUCCUCCAGCACCACAUAUCCUAUGGGUACUGCUUCCUCCGUGUAUGAGACCACUCUUUCCACAUCAAUGCGUUCCUCCUUUGAGACGAAGACAGUUUCCCAUCUGACUCCUAGACUGAAGGAGACAAGAAUAGUCUUGGAUUCCAGCUCAAGCACACUCACAAACACACCUUCAUCGCCUCUGUCCACUCAUGGUUUGAAGGGUCCCAGGACUGAUGCUACGUCUUCUGUGAAAGUAUCAGCACCAGGUCAGCCUCUGUCUACACAGUAUACAGACAUUCCAGUGGAAACAGUCACACGCUUUUACACUUCUCCCUCCAUUACAAGGUCUGCUGGCAUAACUGUCCCAGAAUCCAAUCUUUCUGUGCCUGUAUCAGAAAAUACACGUUACCUAAGCACAGAUAUACUGUCUUCAGCUGAGACCAUUUUUGCUAAUAACACACUAACACCUUCUUUGUCAGAGGCCAUGGCUUCCUUUGCUACAUCUGGAGUUCCAGGUGCCAUUUCAGUCAGUCCAUUUUCUAGGACAGAAUCAGGGCCUGGGGAUGCUACUAUGCCCACCACUGCAGAGAGUCUACCUUCUUCAGCUUCAAUACCAUUCCCCUCUUUGACCUUCCGUACCACUGAUUCUUCAACCAGCCCACUCCCCCAUUGGAUUACUUCCUCACCAGCUACCCCAAGAAUAGUAGACACCAACCUUGAGGCAGAGAGCCAAAGCACUGCUGCAUUACCCUUGGUUACAGCCAGUACUUUGCAGACUUGGACGCAGCCAGUCAGGACAACUUUACCACCCAUUACGGAUACCAGAAUGACAGAGAGUGUUGGUUUGGGAACAGUGACAAGUUCUUCUCAAGUUCUUCCACACUCAACCCGGUUGACAAGGACUGAUGGCAUUGUGGAGCGUAUCACAAAGAUACGCAAUGAAGCAGCACAUGGAGACACCACCGUCCAUGUCCCCCUGGCAUCCACGUCUGCUAGUCUUAGAGGACUAUCAACAGGAGGGAAAGAGAGGGCAGAGACAACUGCCAUGGUUCUGAAGACCACUUCCACAGUGACUUUGACUACCAGAGUCUCUACUCCCACUUCAGAGAUCACAGCCGCACCAUCCAUCCCACCUGGGCUGGAGACUAGUACAGCUCUUCCAAAUCAGACUGUUUCUCUCAGUCCACCAGAAACAUCCUCUCUCUUCACCACAACUGUGACCAAGACAGCCAGAGUUAAUCUAACUCCAACAGCUUCAUUUGGUGUUCCUGCAGAAACAGCCUCACUCUCCACCCAUCCUGGGACAGACAUCAGCGCAACUAUCUCAACUUUAGCUCUUUCCCGUGGUUUACCAGAGACCACAGGCUUACUGGCCACCAGGCCUGCAACAGAGGCCAAUACAAGUACCCCAGCUCUGACUGUUUCCCCUGGCGUUCUUGGGCCUUCCAGGACCCCUGCAACAAAUGUUGGGCUUUAUCCUGUACCUUCCAGAAUGUUGGGCUUUAUCCUGUACCUUCCAGAAACCUUACCACCUACAACCUCAGUUGGACUCCCAGAAUUUCCCAAGACCGUGACAGGGGACACCGUGACCUUGAUAGCAUCAGAGACCCCAACACCACCUGAAACCAGUCAUGGGGAAGGAUUAAGUACAAGCACUGUCCUGAAAACCACCACUGCUGAGACCAUUCAUUUAGCUGCCACAGGUUCAGGUCCCACUGUGGCCGAGACCACAAUCACCUUCAAUACACUGUCUGGAAGUCCUUUUGCCCCUGUGACCACACCUGGAACCUCUACCUUGGCCUCUGUGAGUGUGACUUCAGGAACAACUGCAAUUCCUUUCUUGAUGCCUUUUACUGUCAACUUCACCAUCACCAACCUGCACUACACAGAGGACGUGGGAAACUCGGACUCUGAGAUAUUCAAUGCCACUGAGAGAGACCUGCAGCACCUGCUCAGUCCUCUGUUCAAAAAGAGCAGCAUUGGUUCCCUGUAUACCAGCUGUAGACUGACCUUGCUCAGGGCUGACAAGGAUGGAACAAGCACCAGAAUGGAUGCGGUCUGCACCUACCGCCCAGAUCCCACAGGCUUCAGGCUGGACAGAGAACGGCUGUAUUGGGAACUAAGCCAACAGACCCAUGGUAUCACUCGGUUGGGCCCCUACACCCUGGACAGGAACAGUCUCUACAUCAAUGGUUAUAACCAUCAGUACUGGAUCCCCACCACAAGCAGUCACAAAACUGUACAGAGGCAGCCAGCUACAAGACAUAUUCCACUCCUGCCUGGUCACCAACCUGAUGCUGGAUCCCAUGUCAGUCAGCAUCAAGGUACUGUUCUCCUCCAAACUGGACUCCAGCGUGAUGAAGUGUUUCUAGACAAGACCCUUAAUGCCUCAUCCCACUGGCUGGGUGCCACCUACCAGUUGACAGAUGUGCAUGUGACAGAAGUGGAGCCAUCAAUUCAUAUACCAACAGACCAACCAACAAUCAGUCCCAGCUUCCAGAACUUCCAGCUGAAUUUCACUGUCACCAACUUAAUCUAUUCCCAGGACAUAGCCCCAGGCACCCCCAAACACCAGCGGAACAAGAGAAAUAUUGAGGAUGCGCUCAACCAGCUCUUCCGAAACAGUAGCAUCAAGAGUUAUUUUUCUGACUGUCAAGUUUCAGCAUUCAGGUCUGAGCCCCACAGCAACCACACUGGGGUAGAUGCUCAGUGUAACUUCUCACCAUUGGCUCAGAGACUGGACAGAGUUGCCAUCUAUGAGGAAUUCCUGUGGCUGACCAAGAAUGGUACCCAGCUGCAGAAUUUUAUCCUGGACAGGAAUAGUGUCCUUGUGGAUGGGUAUUCUCCCAAUAGAAACGAUGUCUUGACUGAGAAUUCGGACCUCCCCUUCUGGACCAUCAUCCUCAUCUGCCUGGCAGGACUCCUGGUGCUCAUCACGUGCCUGAUCUGCUGUUUCCUGGUUAGAAAGAAAAUGCUGUUGUCUUCUUACUAUCACGUUGUCACUGUCUCCAGGCAGAAGGAGGAGGAAGACUGUGAGGCUCAGCAACAACACCUGGACUAUUAUUACCUGCCACACCUGGACCUGAGGAAGCUGCAGUGACAUCUGCUUGAGUCCCCUUUUCCCAGUCAGGUUCCAAAGGAGCUUGGCCGGAACAGAAAAAAACCACAUUGGUCAGACACAACCUCUGGGUC